AUGUCCUCUGUCUCCAAAACAUUGCGUGUGAUCGGUAAGGAGCCUGGCGGGGAAGUCGUUGUUUUCAAUGAGAGCGGGAGCUCAUCAAUAUUACGCAGAUGCCGUCGGUUAGAGAAAGCGUGUCUACAUCGCCAGACUGGUCGUCGAUUCAAGGGCUUUCAAAAGGACCGGAAGAUCGCAGCUCUGGAGUCAAAGAUCAAUGAACUUAUUAUUAACCGCGCUAGCCACGCAAAUGAAACGGGCAACUCUAAGGGUAUGCAUGUCCAUUCGUUGGAGAAAAGCGAUGCUGCAUCUGAGGACGCCAUUAGCCGAGGCCUCCUUGACAUAGAAACCGCCGCGAGGUACUUGACUAUAUUCCAGACCAAACUGACUCCACACUUUCCAUUCGUGGUCGUACCCUCUGGCAUAUCUGUCAAGGAUCUCCGUCAGGAGAAACCAUCACUUUGCUUAGCGAUCCUCGCGUCGGCUUCAUACGACAACAUGCCGUUGCAACGUGAACUGGGGGCUGAGUUCAAGAAAGUCGUUUCCUCACGCAUGAUUAUUGGUGGUGAAAUAUCGUUUGAGUUACUUCAAGGGUUGAUGGUAUUUCUCGCCUGGUAG